UGACGCUUAAAGAGAGGUGCUUCCUGCUGGAGCUGUGGAGGAAAAGGGUCUCAAAGGUGACGCUAUCAGACGAGAGAGCUGCAGAACUUCACUUCUGAACUCCAAUGCAGGAGAAAAGCUUCAUAUCGAUGCAUUUAACACGACCAAAGUCCUCCAAAGGACGGAGCAGACCCGCUGUGAGCAAACCAGCUGACACAGACAGCAUGCCGAGGUCACCUGAGUCUCCAGACUCACCUGUGGUGGUGCACAGCAGGCCGGACAGGAACCUCCGCUCGCAGUCUCAGCCCAUCAUGUGUCAGGAUGAAGUGCUGGAGAUGCUGCAGCACGCUCCUGCUGCUCCACCACAGUCCUUAAACAAGUACAAGGUCCUUCCAUCCAUAGAGAGGAGAGGUCUGGACAAACACAUGUCCAAGCUCAGCCUGUCUGAUGAGGCUAUCCUGCAGCAGAGGCACAGGUGUGAAGAGCCAGACGUCCCUGCAAGGAGCCCUGAUGUGCACCAGCCUAAACCACCUGACCCGGGACCAGCAACCACCAAAGAAGCUGGGGCCCCUGGCAGUUUGCUGUUAGCCAUCCGAGCUCCAUGUGGACGGAGGUUUCAGCAGCACUUUGACCCCUCGGACACUCUGCUGACGGUGAGAGCCAGCGCUGAGCUCAGGUAUGGAGCCCUGUAUGGAGUCACCUCCAUCGAGACCAUGGACGUGCCCCGCAGGAGCUUCACAGACAUGGACAUGACGUUGGCCCAGUGUGGCAUCUUGAACAGAUCGGUGCUGUGCAUCUCACAGAGUGACGCUGUCGUGGACUACGACUGAGUGUAGAUGAUCAUCAAGUCCCUCUACAUUAAGCUUGGAGGUUUGAGCUUCACUGUGCAAGUCAAAGUCAAAGUCAGGAGGCCUAAAUCUAAAGUUUAAGACGUGUACAUGGGCCAACAUGCAACAUAAGACCUCCAGCACAUGCGCUUCCCUUUAUAGCAAAGCAGUAGACAUUUGUCCAGCAGAUAAACUUAAGUGGAUUUUACUCAUUUAUUAACUUUUUGGUUGAAAAACUCAAUCACACUCAAAUCAUUGUGUAAAUUCAACAAAGUAACUGAAUGCAGAGGAUCUUUACGUGGACGCAAGCUUGUUUUUUUGUAACUUUUAUUGACAAAUUCAGAAUAAUUCAUGCAUUAAUUAAUCAAGCUGGAGACUUGUUUUGUUGCACAGAUUGCUUUAUAUACCCACAGCUGACCUGCGAGGGUUUAAAAUGACACGCAUGUUGUAUGUUUCACAAAUUAACAGGACAUGAACUCAUUAAGAGCCGUUAGAUUUCAUAAUCAGAGAUGUUGCUGACAAUAAAGAGUUUUUAGUUUAUGUUUGUUGGUAAUUUCCACAUCCUUUGUUUUCUUUUUCUUUUUAUGAUCUUAGAUGCCAAAUUAAGACUUUUAUUACAGGUACACAGAGGUUAAUAAAUACUUUCAUACUGUAACGACUGUCCUGCUUUUAAAAUGUGUAAAUGUUGUGACUGUUUUAAAGAUCCGGUGUGUACGAUGUACUGACAUCCUGUGAUGACCGCAUUAUAUUGAAAGGUGUUUCUAAUAUUAUGGCCACUCCAGUGAGUUCUAGGUCUGUCCUCCAAGUUGGACGUGCCCUAAACACCUCCAAAGGAAGGCAACCUGAUCAAUAUUAGAAACACCUUUCAAUAUGAUGCUGUUCAACCACUACGACCUGAAUAAUUAACAGAGUAGUGUUGUGUUGGAUCACAUUGAUUUGUACAGGUGUUCCUAAUGAAGUGGCCGGUCGGUGUAAAGUGUUUAAGGGCUCUUCAUUUUCAGGUGGUUAUGGACUCUCUGCCAAUAAAUGUUACAGACUCGUGUGUGUUAGUAGUAUAGAUAAUUAAUAAUAAAAAGACGUCGCAGCAGGAAAAGCAAAGCUGUAAAUGAUAAAAAUCAUCGUUACACUGGUGUGUUUCUUUCCGAG